UUAUUUUUUAAUUUAUUAUUAUUGGGGGGGGAAUAGAGGGAGAGGUUCGGGCGGCGUGUUGCGGUUGGUCCCGACUUGGCCAACCGCCGGGCGGAAGGGGGGAGCGGGCCCCGGGGGCAUGCGAAGCCGGCUCCCCCCCUCGGCAGCAUCAUGAUGAAGACGGAGCCCCGAGGGCCCGGAGGUCCCCUCCGAAGCGCGUCCCCGCACCGGAGCGCCUACGAGGCGGGGAUCCAGGCGCUGAAACCGCCCGACGCGUCGUCGUCGUCGUCGUCGCUGUCGUCGGCCGGGCCCGACGAAGCCACCGCGGGCAGCGGCAGCGGCAGCAGCAGCAGCAGCACCGCCACCGCCAAGGCGGCGGCCCACCACCACAAGAAAUAUGGCUCCAACGUCCACCGCAUCAAGAGUAUGUUCCUGCAGAUGGGCACGCCGGGCGAGGCCGGCGCGGGUGGCGUGGGCGCCGGCGGCGGUGCGGGCGCCCCCGAAGCCCCCAGGGCCCCCGAACGAGGCGGCGGCGGUGUCAGCGGUGGCGGCGUGCGCCUGUCGCUGCCCCGGGCCAGCAGCCUCAACGAGAACGUGGACCACAGCGCCCUGCUCAAGCUGGGCACCAGCGUGUCGGAGCGCGUGAGCCGCUUCGACUCCAAGCCGGCCGCGGCCUCGUCGGCGCAGCAGCCCGCGCUGCUGCCCCCGCACCCGCCGUCGCGGCUGCAGGAGACGCGGAAGCUGUUCGAGCGCUGCGGCCCGUCGCCCGGAGCGAACGGCGGCGGCGGCGGCGACAAGGAGGCGGCGGCCCGGCGGCUGCUGCGGCAGGAGCGCGCCGGCCUGCAGGACCGCAAGCUGGACGUGGUGGUGCGCUUCAACGGCAGCACCGAGGCCCUCGACAAGCUGGACGCCGACGCCGUGUCGCCCACCGUCAGCCAGCUCAGCGCCGUCUUCGAGAAGGCCGACGCCAGGACCGGCCUCCACCUCCACCGCGGGCCCGGCCUGCCCCGGGGAGCGGCCGGCGGAGGCGGCGGGCCCCAGCAGGGCCACUCGAAGCUGGUCUCCAAGCGCUCCCGGGUGUUCCAGCCGCCGCCUCCGCCGCCGCCGCCGCCGCCCGCCCCGUCGGGGGAUGUCCCGGCCGCUGCCAUGGGCGCCGGCACCGAGAAGGAACGAGGAGGCCCCGCCGCCGCCGGGCAGCUGCCCCCGCAGCACCGAGUGGCGCCCGCCCGGCCCCCGCCCAAGCCCCGGGAGGUGCGCAAGAUCAAGCCCGUGGAGGUGGAGGAGAGUGGGGGGGAGUCGGAAGCCGAGGCGGCCCCCCGGGAGGUGAUCCAGGCCGAGGUGACGGUCCACGCGGCCUUGGAGAAUGGCAGCGGCAGCCCUGCCGUGGCCACCACCGUGGGCAGCGGCAGCCCCGCCGCCCCCCAGGAGCCCCAGGCCCCCCAGGAAGAGGAGGCGCCCGCUGCAGAGAGAGGAGGACUGGGCAACGGCCGGGCCCUCCUGGACUUGGCCCCCGAGGAGGCGGAUGAGUCCCGCAAGGAGGAUUUCUCCGAGGCGGACCUGGUGGACGUGAGCGCCUACAGCGGGCUCGGGGAGGACUCCGGGGGCAGUGCUCUAGAGGAGGACGACGACGACGAGGAGGAAGAGGAGGAGGAUGGGGAGGCCCCCUAUGAGCCCGAGUCUGGGUGCGUGGAGAUCCCGGGGCUCUCCGAGGAGGAAGACCCGGCCCCGAGCCGGAAGAUUCAUUUCAGCACCGCUCCCAUCCAAGUGUUCAGCACCUACUCCAACGAGGAUUACGACCGGCGCAACGAGGACGUGGACCCAAUGGCGGCGUCCGCCGAGUAUGAGCUGGAGAAGCGGGUGGAGAGGCUGGAGCUGUUUCCUGUAGAGCUAGAGAAGGAUGCUGAAGGCCUGGGCAUCAGCAUUAUCGGCAUGGGUGCCGGGGCAGACAUGGGCCUCGAGAAGCUGGGCAUCUUUGUGAAGACUGUGACCGAGGGUGGUGCUGCCCACCGAGAUGGCAGGAUCCAGGUGAAUGACCUGCUGGUGGAGGUGGAUGGAACAAGCCUGGUGGGAGUGACACAGAGCUUCGCGGCCUCAGUGCUCCGGAACACCAAGGGUCGCGUUCGGUUUAUGAUUGGCCGGGAGCGGCCAGGUGAGCAGAGUGAGGUGGCCCAGCUAAUUCAGCAAACCCUGGAGCAGGAACGAUGGCAGCGGGAGAUGAUGGAGCAGCGAUAUGCCCAAUAUGGGGAGGAUGACGAGGAGACAGGAGAAUACGCCACUGAUGAGGAUGAGGAGCUGAGCCCCACCUUCCCUGGCGGCGAGAUGGCCAUCGAGGUAUUCGAACUGGCCGAGAACGAGGACGCCCUGUCCCCGGUGGACAUGGAGCCUGAGAAGCUAGUGCACAAGUUCAAGGAGCUCCAGAUCAAGCAUGCCGUGACUGAGGCGGAGAUCCAGCAGCUGAAGAGAAAGCUGCAGAGCCUGGAGCAGGAGAAGGGCCGGUGGCGGGUGGAGAAGGCGCAGCUGGAGCAGAGCGUGGAAGAGAACAAGGAGCGCAUGGAGAAGCUGGAAGGCUACUGGGGCGAGGCCCAGAGCCUUUGUCAGGCUGUGGAUGAGCACCUGCGAGAGACGCAGGCCCAGUACCAGGCCCUAGAGCGCAAGUACAGCAAGGCCAAACGCCUCAUCAAGGACUACCAGCAGAAGGAGAUAGAGUUCCUGAAAAAGGAGACGGCCCAGCGCCGGGUGCUGGAGGAGUCGGAGCUGGCGAGGAAGGAGGAGAUGGACAAACUCCUGGACAAGAUCUCAGAACUGGAAGGAAACCUGCAAACACUGCGGAAUUCCAACUCCACUUAACAGGAAGCACUCCCCCUCCCGCUGUCCCCCCUCCCCUGUCCCCAACACUCCACCCCCCACCCCUGCCAGACUGGGGACAGGUGCCCCGACAACCUUUUUCCCUCCAGCUUUAGGGACCAGCAGGCCCAAGAGGCCCCUCAGCGGGCCUUUGGCAGACACAGGGGUCCAGCUCCAAAAGGCGGCCUCACUCCCAGCCCACCGCUGCCGAGGGCUAGCCUGGGUGUGGACAGACACAAGGACCUGCAGACCAAACUGCCAGCCUCCCAGCCUCCAGCCUUUGCCCCUGGACUGAAAGGGGCCGGAUGCUAUCCCAGCAUCUCACCGCCUGGACAUGGCUCCGGCCCCUGGGCCUCUGGACUGGAGUUUCGGCCUUCUGGGCCCUUUCCCUGCCCCCUUCUCUGUGCUGUUUGUCACCUUUCUUCCUUUCUGCUGGGAGGGACAGUCCCCCCAGAGCCUGGAGCUGGGCCUGGCCCUGCACUGACUUCUCCUUGUGUAUCCUUCAGGAAAAAAGGGGAGUGAGAGUUGGAAGGGGUGGGGGGCGUCCAGUACACCUGGGGCCCAUUUCCUCCUUCCCGGGGCAGCAGUCCUCAAUUUCUCCUCGUGCCUCCCCUCUCCCAGGUGCCAAAUAGCCAUAACCUCCCCCUGAAACUUCCGCCUCUCUGGGGUCUGGGGCCCCUGGUCAGCCUGUGAUGACCAGGGAGGAGGAUCCUGGUCAGCUCGGGCUGGUCUCCUCAUGGGGGGCCCUUCUCACAGGUGGGGGACCACCCCUGUCAGCCUUGUACUAACAUUGUGACCCAGCCUCACCCCACCCCUCCUACUGUUUUCCCAUGUUUUGACUGGAGGGCAAAAUUUUACUAUUUCUCAUCUUUUUGGAGACCAGGGCCGCCCUACUGCAGCCUGCUUUCUAGUGAAAUCAAUUCCAUUUCCCCCGACUUUUAACCCCAAAUUGGGGCUUGGACCAAGGGAGGUGUGACAAACCCCCCCACCCGUCCCCUCCCCUUUCUGACUUCAUCUCUACCACCUCUUCAUGCCCCUGCACUGUCUGGGUUUUUGUUCCAUUUUUUUUUUUUAAAAACAUUCCCCUUUCCCUCAACUUCAACCCAUUUAGUCCGUUUAGGCUUCAACACCCCCUGUAAAUAGACCUGGCCAUUGAUCAGUAUUUCUCCCCUACCCCACCCUUGCCCGUCCCCCUCCAUGCCCUACCCCGGGAAGCGUGGGCAGCCUGGGCAGGCGCGGGCGCGUGCACUUCACCUCCUGCGCCCCAGCAGAUGGAGCGGGCAGGUCUGUGCCCAGCCGCUCCGCGGGACCGCGUCUCUGUAUAUAAUAUAUAUAUGUAUGUAUUGUUCCCGGUUUUGUACGAACCAUGCCCUCUGUCAGGUUAUCCCCAUAAAAGCCGCCCCCAGAA